UGAUGUAUUACAGUAACACACAGACACACACACACACACACACACACACACACACACACACACACACACACACACACACACACACACGCCAGUGCGGAGAAGGUCUGAAUUGCGAAGCACUUAAUGUUUACAUAGCGAUUACAUGUACGUGUACCACUGAGGUCAUUGUCGUCCAACAGCGGAUUGAAAUUUCCCAAGACGAGUCAUCGAUACUAGACUCGCUGCCAUCGCUGGAUAUCUCUCUACACAGUAUGUCUGAAAUAAUGGACAAGGAACCGGUGCGAAUAUCGUUCGAAGACAUUACUGCAGCAUCUUUUCGUAUUAGAGAUGGAGUUGUCAAGACUCUGUGUGAGAAGUCGCAGCUGUCGGAAUCGAUAGGAAUGGAGCUCUACUUUAAGAAGGAGUUUAUGCAGUACACUGGCAGUUUCAAAGAGAGAGGAGCUCGGAACACACUCAAACAACUGACUAAAACUCAGAAGGAGAUUGGAGUUAUUGCUGCAUCAGCAGGCAAUCAUGCUUUAGCACUCGCUUAUCACGGAAAGCAACUGGGAAUUCCUGUGACUGUUGUGAUGCCAACGAGAGCACCUAUCAUGAAAGUUACAUCUUGCAGAGAAUGUGGAGCUACUGUCAUUAUACACGGCGAUCAUAUUGGACACAGCAAAGACUAUGCAACGAAGGUGGGUGAAGAGAACGGAUAUACUUAUAUCAAUGGAUAUGAUCAUCCAGCUGUAUUAGCUGGCCAAGGGACUAUUGGGUUGGAAAUAAUUGAACAGGUUCCAGAUGUGGAUGCAGUGGUCGUGCCUGUUGGAGGCGGCGGCUUACUAGCUGGAAUAGCUGUUGCUGUGAAGGCACUCAAACCUGAAAUCACAGUGAUUGCAGUGGAGAGUGAGAAUUGUCCUGGGUUUUCAGCAUCGUGGAAAGCUGGCCAUCCUGUCAAAGUGAAUAGUUUACCAACUCUUGCGGAUGGUUUGGCUGUUCCCUUGGUCGGCUCUAAUGCUUUUGCCACUGCACAGCCAUUUGUGGAUAAAGUCAUUACUAUCAGUGAAAACCACAUUGCCAUUGCCAUUCUUCGUCUUGUGGAAAAUGAGAAAGCAGUCGUUGAAGGAGCAGGGGCUACGGGGUUUGCUGCUUGCAUUGCUGGUAUGCUAUCAGAACUGAAAGGCAAAAAAGUUGUUAUUCCACUUUGUGGUGGUAACAUCGAUACAACACUUCUCGGUCGAUGCUUGGAGCGCGGUCUUGCUGCUGAUGGUCGUUUGUGCCGAUUUGUGGUGACAGUCAGAGAUACUCCGGGUGGUUGUGCAGAGCUUACAAAGAUCCUAUCUGAAAUGGGCGCAUGUAUCAAGGAUAUAUUUCACGAGAGAGCUUGGGUUUACUCCGAUAUAUUUAGUGUUGAGAUCAAGUGUGUAGUUGAGACACGAGAUGCACAACACGGCGAAGAGCUGCAUGUAGAAUUAGAAAAACAUUAUCCUGGUCGCUUACGCUGGGGAGCUGCUCACAGAAGAGGCUCGGCGUCAGUGUCAUAACUGAAGAGAACAAAUUUAAUGUUCAGAUUGGUUUUUAUGAGAAGUCUUUGGAAAUAGCAUUGAAAUGUAUGAAUUAGAUUUCACUACAGCUAUUAUAGUAACUUGUUAUGGUAUUGACACUGAUUGUGGUGUUUCCUGUUGUUAUACAUUUUACAUCAAUUGGAAGUUACAAUGGGAGCAUUAUA